AUGCAUUUAGCAAGACGUUUGCCGGCUAUUAGCAAGAAUUGUAAUGUGCGUUUAAUUAAAACUACCCCGGCAGUCGGAUCAACGGCGGCUGAAGAACAAAUUGUCAUACCCAAACGGAUACAACGUUCUCCCACAGCUAUUUUGGAGGCACUAUCUGCCACCGUGGGUAGAGAUCCAACAGCACCGCAUUACAAGUUUCAUGAUGAUCCAUAUUUGAUACCCACCUCGAAUGUUAGCAAACGUACCUUUGCCAUGGCCCAGGAGGCUGGACGCAAGGCGGCCAAAUGGAUUAAGGAGGAACAUCGUAAAUUAUUUAUGCACCAAGAAGCCCAACCACCCAUUGAGGCAUUUGCCCCCAAAAUGGUAUUCACCGAAGACUCGGAGGUCACCCAACAAACUUUGGAACAAUUAAUUAAACAAUCACAAAUCCAAGAUGCCGUCUUUGUUUAUAAUCUAAUGAAAACCAAGGGUGUUGAAAUUACCUCGGAGGCUAAACAAAGUCUUUUGGAAUUGUUGAGUUUUUAUAAUCAUGAGGAGCCAAUGCCUGAGGAAUAUUAUGAAGAACGUUGGUUUAAGGAAAAUACCCAAGGACAACAACGUCAAACCAAAACAUGGAAAGAUGGUGAUUUAGCUGAACAAGUGUUCAAUGAAAUUGAACCAAAAACCACAGAGGCAUAUGCUGCCAUUAUCCGCGGCAUGGCAAAAUAUUAUCAGGCUGACAGAGCUUACGCCCUCUUCCAGGAGGCAUUGGAGAAACAACAUUACUUGGAUACAGCCACGUACAAUUCGAUUAUCAAUAAUGUGAAUUUCCUUAAAGAAACACCCGAUCAAAAAUGGGAAUUGUGUAAAGAUUUGCUACAGCAGAUGAAACAACAACAAUUGAAACCAAAUUUAGGAACCUUAAACGCUCUACUCGAAUGUAUUAGCACCUUUGGCAACUAUAAAAUGGGACGCACCUGUGCCCUGCAAGUACUCUCCGAGUUCAAGAAGUUGGGUGUUGAAUUAAGUUUGGGCUCCUAUUAUUAUGUACUAAUUAUUUUCUGUCGUGAACGUGGUCCCGUUUCCCAUGUCAUUGUCGAUAUCCUCAAUGAGAUACAAGGCAAAGAAUUCAAAAUACAACAUCCCAAAGAUACAUAUUUCUUUGCCACAGCCAUGGAUGUAUGCCGUAAUCAUUUACAUGAUCGUUCAUUGGCCAAGAAAGUGGAUAAGCUGUUGCAUGUUGGUAACAAUUACGAUUUGAUUGGUGAUACCUAUAAGGAAUCGAUUUACUAUAGGCAUUACUUUGCCCUGCUGUGCCAGACAUCAACAAUUGAAGAGUUCUUGGAAACCUAUGAUAAAUUGGUACCCAAUGUUUAUAUCCCUGAACCGGGUAUUAUGGAAGAAGUCUUGAAAAUGGUUGAACUUAAUGCUGCCUAUGAAUUAAUACCACGCCUCUGGUCUGAUAUGGUAAUUUUCGAUCACAUUAAUCGUGAAAGUUUACUGUUGCGUACCUUGAAAAUUAUGUUGAACAACAAACCUGAUGUAAGCCAAAAAUCACAACAACAAUUACCCGAACAAUUUGCCAAGGUUGCAUUGGAUAUUUACAACAAAGUUGUGGAAUCGGAAGGUAGAGCUAAAAAGCUGUCUUUCACCGGACAAAUGAUUGGUGAUAUUCUUACGAUUUUGGUACGUGGUGGCAAUUGGGAAAAGGCUGUGGAGGUCUUUAAUAACAUUGAUAAAAAUCAACAUCGCAUACCGGGUACACCUUCGGAUACAUGUCUCAUGGAAUAUGUUGAGGCUGCCAUUUUGAAUAAAUCACCCUCCCAGGCUUUGCAAUGUUUACAGUAUGCCGUGGAAAAUCACAUGGAUGGCUUGUCAUUGGCCGAACGCAUCCAUAAAGGUUUUACGCUAAAUGAAGUCCACAUAGCCAAGAUGAAAUCUUUGGUGGGCGAUAGUUUUCUAAAGCAAUAAAUUGUUAUUAUUAUUUUUUUUUAAUUUU